UAAUUAUCUAAAAAUAUAAAUAUUAUCUCUUAUUUUAAUCGUAUGAUGACCAGUAAAUUUUAAUCAUUAUCACUGAGCUCGGUAUCCUUGGUAAAACUGGGGUAUAAAAAAAUCUAAUAUGUAAAAGUCACGUGUGCACUAUUUCCGCUAAAUUUAAAUAAAAAAAAAACAAAAGAAUUAAAAAUUUUACAGGUUAACCUUACCUCGGGCUAAACUACAUUAACCUGUAAAACCUCCCUAUCCUCGGUAAACUUUGAAUCAAUUUUCCACAUGGAUUUUACAGUUUAAAUCAUUUUUAUGUGGAGUAAAUAAAAAGUAUAUAUAAGGAAGUCAAAUAACUAAAAAGUUUACCAUUUAUAAAAUUUAGUAUUAAAAAGUCCUUUUCUUUGUUUUAUUUAUAUCAAUAUAUAUAUCUGGUUAUAUAUAUAAUUUUACAUCAAUUAAAAAUGGCUUACACUACCAAUACAGUCAGCUCUGCUGCUGGUCCUGAUCCAAAAUCUUUAUUAGCCAAAGAAAGAGCUACAAAUGCUUGGGAUCCCGUUAAAAUGCAUUACUUUUUAGAAGGUUCUGCUGAAAAAGCUGAAAUGAUUAAAAGUUUAACUCAACAAAUGGAAAGAGAUCCAAUCUUGGCUGCCGAUUACAACUAUUAUGAUUUAACUAAAGAACAACAAAGACAAUUAACUGCUGAAAAAAUUAGUCGUGUUGCAAGAUAUAUCGAAGUUGAAUCUUUCCAAGAUUUUAACAGAAGAUUGUCUCUUAUUGGGGUCUUUGAUCCUCAAGUUUCAACCAGAAUCGGGGUCAAUUUAGGUCUUUUCAUCUCUUGUCUUAGAGGUAAUGGUACCUUUGAUCAAUUACAAUAUUGGGCUUUAGGUAAAAAUACUGCUUAUAUUAGAGGUAUUUAUGGAUGUUUCGCCAUGACUGAAUUAGCUCAUGGUUCAAAUGUUAUGGGUUUAGAAACUACUGCUACUUUUGAUAGAGAAACUGAUGAAUUUGUUAUCAACACUCCUCAUAUUGGUGCUACUAAAUGGUGGAUUGGUGGUGCUGCUCAUUCAGCUACUCACUCUACUGUUUAUGCCAGAUUAAUCGUUGAUGGUGAAGAUUACGGGGUUAAGACUUUCGUUGUUCCAUUAAGAGAUUCAAACCAUGACUUAACUCCAGGUGUCACUGUUGGUGAUAUUGGUGCUAAGAUGGGUAGAGAUGGUAUUGAUAACGGUUGGAUUCAAUUUUCAUCGGUUAGAAUUCCAAGAUAUUUCAUGUUACAAAAAUUCUGUAAAGUUUCAAGAGAAGGUGAUGUUGUCUUACCUCCAUUAGAACAAUUAUCUUAUUCCGCUUUAUUAGGUGGUAGAGUUAUGAUGGUUUUAGAUUCUUACAGAAUGAUUGCUAGAAUGUCAACCAUUGCUUUAAGAUAUGCCAUUGGUAGAAGACAAUUCAAAUCUCAAGCUGCUGAAGAAUCUGAAGAAGAUAAUGUUCCAGAAACUCAAUUACUUGAUUACCCAUUACAUCAAAGAAGAUUAUUACCAUUCUUAGCUGCUGCUUAUGUUGUUUCAGCCGGUGCUCUUAAGGUUGAAAGAACUAUUGAAGAAACUUUGAAUGAAUUAGAUGAUGCCGUUGAUUCAAAUGAUGAAGAUGGUAUAUUAAAAUCUAUUGAUGCCAUGAAAUCUUUAUUCAUUGAUUCAGGUGCCUUAAAAGCUACUUGUACUUGGUUAGCUGCUGAAACCAUUGAUCAAUGUAGACAAGCUUGUGGUGGUCACGGUUACUCUUCUUACAAUGGUUUUGGUAAAGCUUAUAACGAUUGGGUUGUUCAAUGUACCUGGGAAGGUGAUAACAACGUUCUUGGUAUUAACAUUGGUAAACCAAUUGUUAAACAUGUCUUGAAUGUUAUUGAUAACGGUAAGGUUGUUAAAGGUUCUUCAGCUUUCUUAACUCACACUAAAGAUUUUAUUGGUGCUAAUGCUAAGAAAACUUACUUAAACUCUCUUGCUGAUGUUGGUGACUUAAAGAAACUUAUUAAAGCUAUUGAGGUUGCUAUUAUCAGAUUGACUUAUGAAGCUUCUGAAACUCAAAGAAAAACUUCCUUUGAUUACAUUGGUGCUGAAAUGGUUAACAUUACUAAAUUAAAGGCUCACCAUUAUUUAUUAGAAGAAUAUUUAAGAAGAGUUGAAGAAUUUGAUGAUGCUUCAUUAAAACCAUACUUAAUCUUAUUAGGUAAAUUAUAUGGUGCUUCCAUUGUUUUAGAUAAAUUCUCUGGUAUUUUCUUAACCUUCAAUGUUAUCUCAACUGAAUUAGUUGGAAAAUUAUCUGCUGAAUACAUUCCAAAAUUAUUAGCUGAAAUCAGACCACACACUGUUGCAUUCACUGAUUCAUUCCAACAAUCUGAUAUGAUUAUUAACUCUGCUAUUGGUAAAUUCGAUGGUGAUAUCUAUGAAAACUAUUUCAGUAUCGUUAAGGCUCAAAACCCACCAAGAGCACAUAAGGCUCCAUACUCUGCUGCUUUAGAAGCUAUGUUAAAUAGACCAAGCUUAGAUGAAAGAGACAGAUUUGAUAAAACUCAUGAAGCUGCUGAAACUUUAUCAAAGUAAAUGAUUUGAUUGAUUGAUGACUUGUUUUUAUUCUAAUUCUAGUUUAUUUUAUUUAUUAUUUAAGUUUUUAUAUAUAUAAAUCCAGAAGUUAUGUAAUGUUAAUUAUUU